CCUCCCCUCCUCUCACAUCCAUUCACCCAAUUCUUAUCUUCAACCCCUUCUCUCAUCUGUCCAUCUCCCCCUUCGUCUGCAAAGACACGAAGUCGCCUACGAGGAUCCACUCACCGUCCUGCAGGCGUGGCGGCGAGAAUGCCAUUGCCUGAGUCCCCCCUACCAAAAACCCCAAUCCCUCUUCUUUCACCCAUCGAAAGUAACGAAACAAACCCCCCAUCGUCAAUCCAAAUCCCCAAUCUUAGAUCCAGGUCUGGAGAGCUCAUCGUCGACAAGAAGCCACCACUGCCUCGGAGUACGCACCGGGGACUCCCCGGUAUGCGACUCGGAGCUGCGCUCUGUGCACCGGAGCUGGAGCGAGGUCGGUGAUAGUCAACGCCUUCUGCAGUCGACGGCAGUCGCAGUACCGUAGGUCGGGACCAAAUCCAGGUCAAUAGUCUUGUGACCGUCGACCGAAUCUAUGAAAUCGAGUCCAUUUUCUCUUCCAGAUCUUGGCUGGUCCUGAGUGGCGACUUUGCUGGAGAGGAUGACGCAUGAGCUCUGCCAGUCGGAUCUGCUGCGGACGACGCCAGCGGGGCAGUUGACGGAGUCGUAGGAGCGGUGGAUGCAGUGGACGACGAGUGGUGCUGCCACGGCGGAGGGACGGCUAGUCCCGAUUAAUGAGGAGUUGAGAGACGACAGAGGCUGGGUAGGACGGGGGAAGCUAGGUGACGGUGGAGUAAGAUAGGGGAAGAAAAAGAGGGAGAUAGGGGAGGGCGGAGGAAGCCAGGGGACGGUGGAGGAAGAUAGGGGAAGAAGAAGAAGAGGGAGACAGGGGAGGGCGGAGGAAGAUAAGGGGAAAAAGAGGGGAGAGUGGUUGAGUUUGUUUUUCAACUUUAAUUUUUAAAUUUUUUUUAAUUUAAAAAUAAAAAUUAUAUAUUUAAUUAUUUGCUGAUGUGGACGCCAAUAUGGAUGCUGACAUGGCAGUCUCCGUUACAAAUUUAACGGUGGUAACAGACUGUUAGCCAUAUCUUGACCCGCAACUAUAUUUAUGGAUAUUAAUUUGUAUAUUGAUAGUUGAAAAUAUAAAUCCCCGAUCCAUAAUAGUUAUGGAUAUUAUAUUGUAUUUGCCAAAAAAUUUAGGCUAGAUAUGACAAACCAUGCCACAAAACUUAUAAAAUGGGUUAAUACUUGAGUCACAAUUGAAGAACAAGUUGCCAUCUUCCUCAAGACUAUAGGUCACGCUAAUGACUUUCGCGAUAUUGCCGAAAGGUUUCAACAUUCAACAGCCACCAUCUCAAAGUACUUUGACAAAGUAUUGAAAGUUGUGGUCAAGCUUGCAAACAAGAUUAUUGUUCCACCAAAUUUUGAUAACGUCCCUGACAAAGUUGUUGGUUCUAGACAUUAUCCAUAUUUCAAGGUAAAUAAAUACUUACUCCAUAGUUGUACAAUAUUUACACAUGUUUGUUGAUCAUGUCCACUUUUGUGAUUACAUAAGAUUGCAUUGGAGCUAUAGAUGGAGUGCAUAUUGAUGCAUCUGUUCCUACUACUGAACAAAUUCCAUAUCGAGGACGCAAGGCGACAACAACUAAAAAUGUGGUGUGUGUAUGCUCCUUCGAUAUGCUUUUUACUUUUGUGGUGGCUGGAUGGGAAGGCACGGCAAAUGAUGCUAGAAUUCUCAGUGAAACAGUUUCAAAUCCAGAUAACAAGUUCCCGAUGCCACCACGAGGUACUUAUUAUUGUUUGUACAUAAAUAAAUCUCAUGUAAUUAUAUACUAAUUGACUUGCUAUAUACAAUGUAGGUAAGUAUUAUGUUGUUGACUCCGAAUUUGCGAACAUGCAUGGGUUCCUAGCACCAUAUCGAACAAAGGAGCCUACUCAUUUUCAAGAAAUAAAUCGAGGUGGUGGACCUAAAACUCGUAAACAACUAUUCAACUAUUAUCACUCAUCCCUACGCAAUGUCAUCGAACGUUGCUUUGGAGUUUUGAAGGCCAGGUUCCCAAUUCUGAAACAUAUGCCUUCUUUUUCACUAAAGAAACAAGCACAAAUUGUUAUUGCUACAUGUGCUCUACAUAACUUCAUUAGGAUUCACUCUUGUGAAGAUGUCCUAUUUGAAGAAUAUCAGAAUUAUUAUAUGGAGGAGGGAGUUAAUGGAGUGCAAGGAGUUCUGGAAAGAGAGGAGUAUCAUAUGAGUUCAAGCCGAACACGACAAAUGGAAAUUCGACGUUGCGGAAUAGCGGACAAGUAGUGGGAUGACUUCCAAGCUGGACUCCUUUGACAUUUGUGAUUGUACUUCUACUUAUUUGAUACUGGAUUAUGUACUAGUGUCAGGAAAUUUGGCAAAUUCUCAUUUCCAGGUAUAGUAACCAACUAAACAGGUUUUCAUUUUCAGUUUACAAUUUCCGGUUUCACAAAAAUCCUAGCUAAACAGGUUUUCAGUAUCAGGUUUUCAGGAAUCGUUUUUCAGAAAAUGGCAAUUUCCAUUUCUCCAUAUUUCGUUUUCCGUUGCCAAAAUCACAGAAAACGGAAUGAGAAGUGAACAGGCCCUAAGAUUAUCAUUCUCUUGCAUUCCAAACCCGACCUACUUCAAACUUUAUGCAUAAUACUUCAAACCUAUUCCUUCAGCUCUUCAAGUAUAAUUCUGCAGCCACGUCAGAAGGAUGUGAUCCCUCCUUUUAUUGAUUGCAGAUGGUUUCCUCCGGUUGAACAUGAACUUCUCCAUUUUUCCUUCCUAACACUCUGUCCAGUUCAUCAUAAUCACGCCGCAUGUCGUACCACAUUUAUGCCUUACCACUUAUGGGACUUCCCAUUGUUCUUCUCGACAAAUAUUGAUGUAUGCAACGCUUACUUGGCGAUCCUAUAUGUAGCUCCUUGGUGUUUUUCUCUUAAGGUCAUAGAGGUAGACAUUGUCCAAAUAUUUUUGAAACUUUCGAUCCUUCAAAUUCACAACCUAGGUCCUAUAGUGAUUCGUAUGGAGAUUUGGAAAGAACCAUCGCAAAUUAAAAAAAAACAAUAGUGAGUGCAUACCAGAACUCUGUUCUUGUUAACGGGGAAGCUGCUGGUUUUUUCAAUAUCAGGAAGGGCCUUCGCCAAGGGGAUCCCAUGUCUCCCUUUCUCUUUCUGCUGGUGAUGGAUGUCCUCUCUGUCAUGUUGGAAACUUUGAGAUCAGAGGGUUUGAUCUCUGGGUUCUUUAUGAAUGAAGCAUCUGAAGAGGGAGAGGUGACUCACCUUAUGUAUGCCGACGACACCAUCAUAUUUUGUGAUGCGAAUGAGGACCAGGUUCUGAACCUCCUAUCAACUCUUGUGUGCUUUCAAUUUGUGGCCGGAUUACGAAUUAAUGUGGAGAAGAGUCUGAUGUUCCCUGUUGGCAAUGUUGGAAAUCCGGAUGUCUUUGCGAGAAUUUUUGGGUGCGGUUGGAAUUUUCUGCCUACUAUCUAUCUUGGUUCCCCCUCGGAGCUAGUCCAAAUUCCUCAGCGAUUUGGAACAAGGUGCUAUCCAGAUUUCAGUCGAGACUAGAAGGUUGGAGGGGGAAAUUUCUAUUGCUAGGUGGCCGGAUUGUCCUUUGUAAAAGCAGCCUUACAAGUCAGCCUUUAUAUUUAUUGUCCCUGUUAAAAGCCCCUAAAACCAUGAUUCAGAAGAUGGAGAGAUUGGAAUGCAGGUUCAUUUGGGCAGGUGUCCAAGAUAAAAGCAAAUAUCAUCUUGUACGAUGGGAUGUGUGCAAAUCGACCAAGGAAAGAGGCGGUUUGGGUAUCCUUGAUCUCAGCUGUAUGAACUCUGUCUUGCUGUCUAAAUGGUUUUGGAAAUAUGCCUUGGAACCAUCUUCUUGGUGGCGUAAUCUUAUCGAUGUCAAGUAUCCUCGAUCUUCUUCCGAAUGGAGGGCUGGGAAUGGCGAAGGUCCGAUUGGUUGCUCAAUUUGGAGAUGCAUUAUGAAGGAAGAAAAUAUGUUUUGGAAGUUUGCUUCUGUUAGCCCGGGUGGUGGGGCUUGGGUGUCUCUUUGGAAUGACUGCUGGAUCUCGAGGAAGAUGCUGAAAGAUUCCUAUCCUAGGGUUGUGGCUACAUCCUCAAACCGUGAUGCUUGGGUGUCUGAUCACAUAUCCUUUGAUAAUGAGCGUGUGGUGUGGGAUUUUCCUUUAAUGUACUCUCUAAGGGGUGGGGCUGAUCGUGAGAGGAAUGAUCUCUUGAACUUUUUAUUUCUUUUACCCCAUGAUUUGAUUAAUGCAGGUCCGGCCAAGCUGAUUUGGAACUCCAGUGAUGGUUUUUCGGUGAAUUCCAUGUAUCGUACCUUGAUUCAUGAUAGAAUGGAGGGCCUCGACAAUUUUCCGUUCAAGGUGGUGUGGCAACAGCACGUUCCGUCUAAGGUGAAUGCGUUUCUGUGGUUGAUCAUGCACAGACGCAUUUUGACUCAUGAAAAUUUGAAGAGAAGAGGCUGGUUCCUUGCGAGCAGAUGUGUCCUUUGCGAAGAGGCUGAAGAAAGCACCAACCAUCUCCUCUGUCAAUGCCAGUACAGCAACAGUAUCUGGUGCCUCCUCCAGCAGUUGAUUGGUUUCCUGGGACCUUUCCCCGACUGCUUUGCUUCUAUUAUCCGCUGCUGGUCUCCUCGCAGUCAGCUCCCCUGGAUGAGUUCCUUGGCGGCGUGUAUCCUGCACGCCUUUGCCUGGGAGCUUUGGAAGGAAAGGAACAACAGAAGCUUCCUUGAUAAAAUGUGUGGGUGGCAGGUGGUUUUUCAUAAGAUUUGCAGGACUUUACUAAGCUGGGUGAGAGUGACGGGCACUCUAAGUGACUCGCAGAGCGCCGAGUGGUUGUCUCUGAUGCAUAUUCUGUGCCCUCUGCAGAACCGGAGUGACUCUCGUAUGGACGCGGCCUCUUCUUCUCCUUCCUCGGCAACAUUGUGAUUCCUCCCGGUCUAUAGUUUGUUGUUCCUUUGUUUCCUUCUGUUUACCGCUGUUGGGGCGGCCUGGCCCCUUCGCAGGUUUUUUUUUCUUGUUCUUUGCCGGAUUUUUUCUCUUGAUCCGUCUGUAUUAAACUUUCUUGUUUGUGGUCUUUUUAAUGCAUCAAUCGCCAUUAUAAAAAAAAAAAAGAAAUGAAACCAUGCAUACCAGUUAUUAUAGGAUACAUACCAGAAAUGAGAAGGAAACACUUACUAAGUCACAUUUCUUGAAGUUGACGUUGUGUGGAAUCCAUUUGUUGUUUGAAAUUAAAUCGAAUUCAUUAAAGUUAUCAAAAGAAGGAAAAUAAAUUUGUUAGUGCAUUUGUAGGUGUCUUUAGAAUCUUAGUGUAACUCACAGUAUGUACAAUGCUAGCUUAUUGAAGAAGUCAAAGUCAUGCGAUCACUUGCACUCAAAGUUUUUAGAUUUUCUAUUUUUCUUCUUAAAAAUAAAAAGGAAUUCACACGAUUCUUUUGCUUCAUUAUAUCAUUUAAACCACCAUAUGAAACAUAGGAAGAUCAUGAUAUAACUUCUAGCUAAUAUCAUAAUGGUUGCAUAAAAUAUCAUUGUAAAAGCCGAAAAGGAAUUGAAGUUUGAGAGCUAUCAAGUAAUGCAUCCAUAACAUGGAAGAAGGGUUGUGGAUAUAUAAGAAUAAUUACCAAGAUUUCACCACUAAUUAUCAUCGGCGCAUUCAUAUUCUCACGUUCACGGAAAAUAAACGUGGCAAUGAUUAGAGGUCUGAAAUCUUUGUAGUACAGAUAGAUUAGUUUCGGCUCUUAAGCAAAGCUCAACAAUAAUUAGGCGAAUGAUUGUUUAUUGGUGAAUAAGUCUGUUUAGUGGGAAAGCCAAAGAGAGAGAUGGGAGAAGAACACAAGUAGUUGAAAAUAUUGUGAAGUUAGCAUUUUUAAUUGGUGGAAGUCAACUAAUCAAGGUUUGGUUGGAUUUGUAAUGUCAAGUAUAGUUAAGCUUUGCCUAAGAGACUUAAUUAACUAAUAUAUGCAUUAGGAAGAUUUUAUCUCUAAUCAUUGCCAUGUUUUUAUCAAUUAUCUCUAUUCAUUGCCAUGUUUACAGGAAUUCUCUGAUACAGACUACUCCAGUUGUGUUGAUACUCAUCUAUCCACUAAAGAUUGGUUUGCAUUUCUGGGAGAGGAGUAUAUUUUGUGGCGAUGCAACAAAUAUGAUUGUGUUUCUAAAUCUUCAACUAAGACUGAAUAUCGCGCUAUGUCCAAUGUUACGUCUGAGUUUGAGUGAAUUCCCCAGGUACUUAAAAAUUCAGCGCUGGUUUGUGAUAUUUCUAUGCAGUUGUAUGUUGACAUACAAGUGCUAUUCGGAUUUUAACUAAUGUCGUGCUUCAUGACCAUACUGAGCAUAUCAAGAUACAAUCCACUACAACUGAGACUUAUUUCAGGAUGAUAUUGUUCGUAUUAUGUAUAUUGCUUCCGAGCAUCGUAUCGUCGACCUUUUGACCAAGAGCUUUUCAGCUAGUCGUCCCUUUUACCUUACUAGCAAAUUGACAACGGGAAAUCCUCAUCAAUUUGGGGAGCUUGUUGAAUUGAAACCAAUUAGGCUUUGUUUUGAUUACCAAUCGUUUGGCUUGGCUCCAUUCCUUCGCCAAUACUCCCAAAUUAAAUAAUGAUUCAUUUUAAAU